UGCUCUUUGGUCGCCGGCUCGGAGGACGGCGAGCGAGUCGCACGCGCACGGGGGUGCCCGGAUGUCGGAGCGACUCGGCGGCGCGAGCUGAGUGGAGCGCAGGUGCCCGGAGCGCGAGCAGGUCUGGUGUGGAGAUGAGAUUGACAUCCUUUUACCGAUUAAAUUUAUCUGCUUUACAGUGCAAGACAUAAAAAUUAUGUUCCAAAAAUAAAAUUAAUAUUAUUUAUGGAUUCAUGGACCAUUCUGAAAUUUGAUGUGGAGAGGAAGAAGCUGUUCUUGAAAUGUUGAGUAUGGAACUUUGGACUCUUGCACGUCCUUACCGAUGGUAAUAAUGAGAAGAGAGCAUAUCUUGAAUAGUGGAUGUGCCUUCUUUGCAAUUGCAUCUUUGUGUUGGACCCAAGAUAGAUCCUCUGAGAUGUUGGCACCCAGGAACUGGAAAGCUGCUCUCCUUUUCCAUCGCUGACCCCUCAAGGAAGACUGGUACCCUGAUAUCUCAUCGUUGAUGAUCGACUCCAACAUCUUCCUAACCACUGAGAUGUACAUUAAAAGGAAUUCUGAAAGAAAUUGAUGUUUCCAGGCUGAUCUACAGUUCUCAUGGAUGGAGAAGAAUUGCUUAAGGUUGAACUGCAAACAGCUGACACACUCUGCAAUGAGUGUGUGGCCAUCUCCACCUCUCUAACUUCAGAUGAAAAUAAAAAUCAGAUCUGUGAAGCACAGCCAGUGUCAUCCAGUGAUGAAAUUAUAGGAGGCAAUGAGCAGGAUUUAAUCAAUAAUAAUGAAGAAGACAGUGAUCAGACUGGCCCUGAGAUUAAACAAAAUGACUGCAUUGGUGCAGAUGAUCAUGUUAAUAUCAAGGUUUCAAACAGCAUCACUAUCCCAAAUAGCAAACCAUCAGUGGAGAAAAAGAUGGUCUGCAAUUCGAAUGUACAUAGCAUAUUGAAAGCCAUCCCUUCAGAUUUUAUUCCUUUGUCAGAUGGUUUAAUCAAAUCACAAAGCACUGAUAUCUGCAAGGGCAGUGAUGAGUUGGGAGAAAGGUAUCAGCAGGAUGACAGACAGAGACGUCUCCAGACUCUACUCAACUGCAUCCAGAAAGCUAUAGAAUCAAAUGAUUGCAGCACUCUGCCACACCUUCUUCAUCAGGUACCCGAGAUUGCUGAAAUUUAUUUUGAUGAAGAAGAAUAUGAGAAAGCGAUACAAUUUAUUCAGCUGGAAAAAGUGUAUCAUCAAAAGUUGCUAGCAAAUCUUACUGCCAUUCAGGAAUGCUGGGAAGUAAAACAGAAGUCUGCAAUGACCAGGGAGACUUCAGCAGGGAAGGCUAUUAAAUCAUUAGACACUGAUAGAAUAACGAAACUUACAGAACUAUGUUCAUCACACUGUCGGCCAAAUAUACCAGGCGGCAAAUUUUCAGUAUCAGCAGAGUGCUUCUACAAAAAUGAAUGUCAUUUCACUUCAAAGGAACAAGAUGCCUGCAAGAAAAUUACUGCAGAACACAACUCAAGUUUUACAGACCAACUUCUUGGUACAAAAGUACAAACUGCAAAAUAUGAUUAUGCAUUAUUGGAAAUGAUGGAAGACGGAAAAGAAGAAUCCACUGUACCAUUACAGGCUGCAGUGCUGGUUGGCAAAUCCUGUUCAAGAGAGCCUGCAAUGUAUGCUGCUGAAACAUUACCAGAGGAGCAACUAGAAGCUCGAAGAGCAAAAUCCAGGAUACACUCUGAUGUUGAGACAGAACAUUCGUAUUCUGAAAACAUCAAAGCAGAUGAAAUCUGCCUUCAGCCACAUGCCACAACACCUUGCAAGGAUGUACCGACUGCUACAAAAGCAAUUGAGACAGAGUGUGAGACGCAGGUUGUUACAAAUGCUGCUCUGUUUCAUCAUGAGGAUAUAGAUAACCUACAAGACAAUUUAACACUUGCUGGCAAAACUACUGAAGAAAGUGAGGAGAUUAAUUUGAAGUGCAGCAAAACUGUACAGUUCAUUACAAAUGGUGAAACGAUGCCAAAACAUAGCAAUCAUGUAUUGCAAAACCAUGUUAGAAGUAAUUCCAGUGAUUGUGUGCAUGGAGACUCAUGGAAUCUACAGAAUAUAAGUGAUUCAGAAGGAACUUUGGAGGCAGAUGGGCAGACAGCAAAACAAAACCAUACAAGUGUGUUGAGUGAAAUUAAUAAAAGUUAUCAACGGAUGGGUUCAGGAGUGGAGCAGGAAAUUCAGAGCCAUGUGGAAUUUAGUGAGUGUCAGAUAUCAAAUGAAGAUGCGGAGAAACAAGGUGAUGAAAACAUGGAAGGACUUUCCAGCUUUGAACACAACAUCUCAUCCAGUCAGAGGAAUGGCACUGAAGAGUUACUGCAAUUCAAUGACAAUUCACUUUCCUUGGAUGAACUUGCGAAAAGGAUUCAAAUAGAAGAGAGCAUCCAUCCAGAAGGCCUGGUGUCCAUAUUGAAAAAAGGAAGAUCAGGCAAAGAAAUCACACAGGCACAACAGAAACAGUCAAAGAGAAGAGUAAGAUUUCAGGACCCUGAAGAUGCACUUGAUCAGGAUGAAGUAAAUGGAGAUUCCUGCCUUCUCUUAAUCCUGCUGUGCAUUUUCACAGUACUUCUGAGCAUCCUAGGAACUGCACUUUAUUGUACAUUUGGUGAUCUGGAGUCCACUGUGUGCAGAGACUUUACGUCACAAAUGGACUUCUACUUUACCCAGUUUCAACAAGGCUUUGCGAAGGUUAAGCACUGGUUGUUGUUUUCUUAAAUGACAGUAUAUGCACGCACGUUGAAAUCAUGGUGUAAAUAGAAAUUCAGAUGGACCACAAUGAGUAGAUAAUCAUCUUGAUGCUUGUGCUGCAGUGCACUAACUACUGUGGAAUGUCAGAACACAGGAACUUAAAUACUGAAGCUUCAGACCUCAACAAAACUAUUUAUAGCUUGAAAUUAUUACCAUUAAUAGCUUGAAUCACAAAGACUGAAUAUUCAACUUGGUCAAUAAUGUUUGAAAACUGUGUGAAUAGUAGACUUGUCAAUCAUUUUCAGAAGAAAUUAGUUUUAUAUAAUUUGCCUCUUUGGGUACUCUGCACUUAAGGAUGUAAUAAUUUGGAUUCAUAAUGGUUCUUGUGUCAUGAUUUGCAUGUGUAUUUUUUAAACCGUUGAUAAUUUUGCAUUUAAUUUUACUUGUUGAUUUAGCUUGCUCUUUAAAAAUCAUAUCUGUAGGUUUUGAUUUCAAAACUAAUUUAGACAAUAAGACACAGGAGCAGAAUUAGGCCAUUUGGCCCAUUGAAUCUGCUCUGUCAUUCAAUCAUGGCUGAUCCUUUUCUCCACCUCCUCAGGUCCUGAGGUUUUUAGAUUAAAAUCUAAAUUUUAAUUUAGAUUACUUUACAUGUCUGCUUUUCUAUUAUAACUUUUUCUACAGCCCUCAGAUUAUUAUUGAUUACUGUUGUCUGUUAAUCUUGUCUCCAUUUUAUUUCCUAUUGCAUCUUUCAAACAAAAUGCAGGUGCACAAAUGAAUUUUUGAGAAGAUUGUUAUUUAAUGUUUAAUGGGCAUAUUGUUUAUCAAAUAAUCUUGUCAUGUAUCACAGGAAGUAUUCACUGAACAUUGGUGAAUCAUUUUCUAUUAUUUGCUAUUUUGAUUUGCUGUUGUUAUUUGGACAAUAAUUGUCAGUUUGAAUGAGCAAGUUAUAAUUUGAUUUAGCAGCCUGUGAACUCCAUCUGUAUGUUUGUUAAAUUCACUUGCACUUUCUUUCAUUUUAAACAAUAGCAAAAUAGUUUUAAAUUUGUAGUGCUAAUGUUCUGCUUUGUGAUGCUUUAAGAUUUGUUUUCUCUGUUACAGAAGGUACAGUAAAAGAUUCAAGACAUUGCUUUGUGACCUGCCACUGAAAUGAUACAGGUUUAUGUUUCAUUCUCAAAAUGGUAAAUUUCUUGGCUCAGCAAUGCUGGGAGAAAAGGGAUAAGCAAAUGAUGAAGAAUCUCAAGGCUUAUUUCGUCUAAAGUCAGAAACUUGGUCAAAUUAAUCCUGGAUGUUUGCUUACAUUCUUUAGAGCAGCAUUGCUGAUGUCUGUAAUUAAUGAGUAAAUCUGUCAAUGUACCAACUUCACUGAAUCCUCAUAGUUGUGCCUGUUGAACAUCGGUUAGGUUCUCCAACAUAAAAUAUCUUUUCUUCUUCUUAAGCCCAUCACCCCUUACUGGGACAGCAGUUUGCUAGAGUCCCUCAUCCUGAGCCAAAGGUUGAUCAGCUUUGUGAGUUUUUCUUUCACCACAUGACCUCAUACAUCUUCUAGGUGAAAAUCCUUCAUCUCCCAGUAAUGAGAUCUUCGGAGCUUCUGUUCAUAUUUCUGUAGCUCUGGGUUUUUUAACAGGACAGGUUUGCUGUCCUCCUUUCGCAGCUGGGCUUGGGACUGUCCAUGCCAGAGUUAAAACUUUCUUCAGGUUAGUAUAUUUUGACUACUUUGGGUUGGUAUAUUGAGGUUAACUUGAUUUCUGUUUAAUACAGGGAUAUUUUCCUUGCUGGUAUCUAGUCACAGAAGUCUGCUCAGAUUUCCACUUCUGCUGCUGAUGUAUGUCUGCAGAGUAAGCAUUGAGACUAGCAACUGUCAAAAUGCUGGUGGAAAGGAGCAGGCCAGGCAGCAUCUAUAGGGAGAAGUACAGUCGACAUUUCAGGCCGAGACCCUUCGUCAGGACUGUUUUGGACAGCAUUGAGAUUAUGCUGCUUGGUCCUUAAGUUGGGAAUCUUAGAAUAAUCUUGGUAGGAAGAGUUUUAAAAAGUUACUUAAUUAUUGCUGCAAUAUGAGGAGAAUACUAUGUACUACCUGCUCAGUAGAAUUUGAUUUGCAUCACAAAGCACAAUAUUAUAAUGCAUGCAUUAUCAUAAAUUUUUAUCAUUACUGAAUUUAUGUGAAAUGUUGAUCUUGUAUAUGGAGAAAUUAUUAUUCAAACCCAGAAUUAGUUUAUAAAUUUUUAAAAAUGGGAAAUACAUCUUGGCAAAAAAAGUAAGAGCCGGUCUCUAUCCAGAGGUAUGCAUGCACUGUUCACCAAUGCUUGCAGCAAAUAGUGUACAAUUAUUCACUGUAUAGCACUUUAAGUCCUGCUUCCUUUGCAUAUUUCUAUGUUCCAUUUUGAUAGCACCUGCAAAUAUUGCUUUGUUUAUAACUAUCAAUUACACUGUGCUAGAUAUUCACAAUAGGUUUGCCAGUACUGAACAAAGAAUGGUAAAGAUUUAAUGUGUGGAAACUGGCUUUGUUGAGCUUUUAAGUGUGUUGUUUUUUUACCCCCUUUGUAAAUGUACAUUAUUUUUACAUUUUCAAGUUGUUAGCUGGUAGCUAAUAGUGAGCAAUCAUGUCUACCUUCCUAUAACUAUAAUAUUGUAAAAUAGCGGCAGACUGAAUGAGGAAAUGUGUCAGUGAACUUACCCUGUAGCGUGAAUGAUUACUUUUAGGAGCUUCAGAAAGGGCCUUAAAUUUUAACAAAGCAACUUUUAACUUUUAUGUUUAUAAAGUUGCUAACUGUAACAUUGUGCAUAAUAGGAGGCAUUAUAAAUAGCCAUGAAUUACUGGCUGGUUCAGUUCAUGACUAUAGGUUAAAGAUAGAUAACUUAUUUAUUGUAGAUUGUGCUGUAUGUAAAGCAAAUCACUUAGUUUUAUUUUCCUCCUGUUUUUGUAAAUUUCAGAAAUCUAUGAUUUGAUCUCUGUAAUCUUAGGUUACUACACCUGCAGCUGUGUUCUUAAUCUGUAAAUUGUUAAACACUUGUUCAUUUUGUAUUAUGUGCUAGACAUUUGGGGAUUGUUCACAAAAAAUAUAAAUAUGUCCACAACCACAGUAUGAAGUGUAGUAAUGUUAUCUCUGCAUUGAUUUAAAAUGCAAAACUGCAGAGAAUAGUAAUUUGAAGGUGAGCUAAUUGUUGUAAAGUGGUUUGCAUGAUUUCAGUCAUUUAUCAACUUGUGAUUUUAAUCUCUCACAAAUAGAAAAUAAUGGGGAAAAUACACUUGCUGAUAUUAAAAUCAGUUUAUCUAAUA